AUGGCAGAUAUAGCACUGUCAUCGUUAUUCACUCCACUCUAUUUGCAGGCUGACAUAGCUCACGCGUAUCAGCUGUUACGACAAAAUGGCAUCCCGAAAGAGACUAUCGUGACGAUGGCGUUUGAUGAUAUUGCUUACAGUCCACACAACAUAUUCCCCGGAAAAAUCUUCAAUGACUACACACACACUGAUGUGUACGAAGGUUUUGAAAUAGAUUAUCGUGGUGAGCUCUACGCACAACAACUGACAAACGCAUUGAAACGAAUGCGAGACGAGAAGCGUUUCAACAAAGCCGUGGUUUACAUUGAGGCUUGUUAUUCCGGUUCAAUGUUUGAGGAUCUGCUAAGAAAUGAUAUUAACGUGUACGCAACAUCAGCUGCCAACAGCGAAGAAUCGAGUUGGGCAUCAUUUUGUGAUGAUAGCCAACUAGACACAUGUUUGGCCGAUGAUUAUUCAUACAACUGGAUGAAAGACACCGCUCAGACGAUGGGGAACUUACCGAUCGGUGAAUUUCAGUCGUACAAGCCCGGUAUUCAUAAAUCCAAUAGAAGAGCAAUGAAGUUUAUACCAACAACUGAUAAGGUAUCAGCACAACAGGCCCAUCUCGUUGGAAUGAUGCGUACGGUGAUGCGAACGAAUGACGUGAAAAAACGAGCGGUUGCUCAGAGAAGAUUAAAUCGCGCCCUACAGCUAGCACAUUUGGUCACUGAUACGUUUGAUGACAUUGUUACCACAAUAACCGAGACUGUGACUCCAGAGAAUGAUCCACGGACAAAUGAUCAACAACUGGACUGUUACAAAGAAAUUUUUGACGCCUUUCAAGUUAAAUGUUUUACUAUCCAACAAGUCCCUCAAGUAGCCACUGAAUUGGUCAAAUUCGAAAAUCUUUGCCGUCGUGGUUACGAUACCAAAAAAAUGGUACAAGUGAUUCUGGAUAUGUGCGGUUAA